AGCUGUGGUGGAGCAGGUGAGCUCUGCGACAUGGCCAGUGGCAAGACCCCCCGGCCCAUGAGGUCCUCCAGAAGGGCGGAUGGAUUCCAGAGCAGAGUGGUAGCAUCUCGUAAUCCCAAGCUGGUCAGAGAGGCAGAAGAGUCUCUCAGCAGCAAGCAAAGGCUGGCGAGGCCUCGGGAGAUGAGGCGGCCCCGGACUGCCCAGCUUCGGGACAUGGGUGAAGUCUGCCAUCAAAAGUUCUCAGCCGUUGAGCGGGACCAGAGGUCGUUCCAGCCUUUCCCAUCCGAGGUGGUGUUUGAGAACUACAUUCCCCACCAGUUCUACAUAGCAUCGCUAGCUCUGAGGAACAAAGACAGGGUUCCUCGUCUGCUGAACGUCAUCCUGGGGAAACUCUCCUUACUUUGA